AUUUUUGCAAAAAUAUUGCAAAAACAUUCAAUAUGCAAUUCUAGAGAGUCGUUAAUUAUGUGUGUUUACUUAUACACAUAAUUAAAUUAAGUAAAGUUUCAUUAAGGUAAAUGUGUAAUUAGGCGACAUGGCCUUUACAUUACUUGGAGCAGCGAGUUGAUAAUUGAGAUUCAAUCAUGAGAAGUAGCGUUGCAUUGCUCGUGAGAUCAGCAUCUUCGGUUUCGGCUUCAUCCCAACACUUGAUUCCUUCAAGCUCGCAUUUUCUUCGUCAUCUCUGUUCAUCAUCUUCUUCCUCGCCCAGUUCCAAGCUCUUCGUUGCCGGGUUGUCGUGGUCGGUGGAUGAGAAGUCGUUAAAAGACACUUUCUCUUCAUUUGGGGAAGUAACUGAAGUUAGGAUUGUGUAUGACAAAGAUACCGGUAGAUCAAGAGGAUUUGGAUUUGUUGAUUUCACAAAAGAAGAGGAUGCUCUAUGUGCCAAAGAUGCAAUGGAUGGAAGGGCGUUAUCGGGACGGCCAUUGCGAAUAAGCUUCGCGUUGGAUAGAGUACGUGGCAGUUCCGUUGUGGUUCCGCGUCUCAGAAACCCUAGAGGUGCCUCGGGUGGGGGAGAAGAUUGAUGGAAAUGUUCUCUCAAGAUUCUUCAAGAUUCAACUCUGGAUUCAUCCGACUGUUUUGAGUCAGCCUUGUGUGAUAAAAAGGACAUUUUUAAGGUUCUUUGGACAAAUAAAGAUUUGUGUUGGCCUAAAGUACUAAAAGAUGGGGGGAAAUUCAAUUUUAAAUUCGGGUAAUCACUAUAAAAAGAACUCGAACUUGUUAAUUAGGGAUGUAAUUUCACGUUUGUAUAAGUAAUGGGGGUCAAAACAGAAUUAAUAAAACUUCAAUUCGUCCUC